AUGGACGAUAAUCUCCCAUCUGCUCAAGCAAUCGCAAUUAAAAAUGGACGAAUAGUGGCUGUUGGGUCAAAUAAUGAUGUUUUAAUGUUUAACGAUGUGUCAAAGACAGAAAUUCUUGAUCUUAAUGGGAAAACAGUUGUACCCGGUUUUAUCGAUAGUCAUAGUCAUAUAGGCGAUUAUACACAACUUUGGGGUCUUCCAGAUUUAGCACCACCACCUGUGGGUACAGUGAACAAUUUUGCCGAUAUUAAUAGAAUCAUUCGUUCCUAUAUUAGUCAAAAACAUAUUCCAGCUCAAGAAUUUGUAUUAGGAUACGGUUAUGAUGAUUCUAUGCUUGAUGAAAGACAACAUCCACAACGAACAGAUUUAGAUCAUAUAACAAAUGAUCAUCCAUUUUGUUUAUUACAUAUAUCUCAACAUUUAGCCGUUUGUAAUAGUUUAGCAUUGUUGAAAGUAAACAUAACACAUAAUAAUAUACCUGUUAUUCCAGGUGGCGUUAUUAUUUUAGAUAAUAAUGGUGAACCGACCGGUCGUUUAGAAGAACAAGCUGUACUAUUUGUUAUUUAUAAAUUAAUAAAGCCUAAAAACAUUGAACAAGCCAUCAAAGAUUUUAAAAAUAUUCAAAAUUAUUAUGCAAGUUUUGGUAUAACAACAGCUCAAGAUGGUUAUACAAGUAAACAAUUUACAAUUGAAUUAUUGUUAAAAAGUGAUUUGAUAUUAGAUGUUGUUUCUUAUCUUGCGUGGACGAAUGCUGAAGAAUAUAUUGAUGAAUAUAAAAUUAAUAUUAGUAAAACUUAUAAUAGAAAUAAUAAUCAUUUAAAAUUUGGUGGUAUUAAAAUAAUUCAAGAUGGAUCACCACAAGGAAAAACAGCAUAUUUAACACAACCAUAUUUAAAUCCACCAAUUGGUCAAUCAAAUACAUAUCGUGGUUAUCCAAUUAUGGAACAAAAUCAAUUAGACUUUUUUUAUGAUAAAUUUUAUUCAAGAAAAUGGCAAAUACAAACACAUUGUAAUGGUGAUGCUUGUAUCGAAAUGGUGUUAAAUUCAAUUGAAAAAUCACAAAUGAAAUACCAAAAUUAUACAGAUCAACGAUCAGUUAUUAUUCAUUCGCAAGUUGUUCGAUCAGAUCAACUUCACCAGUAUAAAAUAUUAAAUAUUAUUCCUAGUUUUUUCGAAGCACAUACAUUUUAUUGGGGUGAUUGGCAUCGAACAGAAACAUUAGGUGAACAACGAGCAAAAUUUAUUAGUCCAUUACGUUAUGUUUAUGAUGAACAAAUGCGUUUUAGUAUUCAUAGUGAUGCGCCAAUUAUUCCACCAGAUCACAUGUUUCUUAUUUGGGCUGCAGUUAAUCGACAAACACGUUCUGGUAUUGUCCUUGGAGCAGAUCAAUGUAUUACAGCAUUUGAGGCACUGAAAGCCUGUACAAUAAAUGCAGCAUAUCAAUAUUUUGAAGAAAAUAUAAAAGGAUCUAUUACAUUGAAUAAAUAUGCUGAUUUAACCAUUUUGUCAGAAAAUCCGACAAAAGUUGACUCGAAUAAAAUAAAAGACAUAGUUGUGUUACAAACAAUAAAAGAAGAAAAGAAUGAUGUUAAAGAAAUGUCUCUUGGUCAAACACGCAGUUUAUUACAACUAAAAUAUCCACUAUCGGCGUCAAAAUGCAGUGCACGCGGAUGUUUUUUUGAAUAA